AUGAGCGUGGAGGCGUACGGCCCCAGCUCGCAGACCCUCACCUUCCUGGACACCGAGGAGGCCGAGCUGCUCGGUGCCGACACACAAGGCUCCGAGUUCGAGUUCACCGACUUCACUCUCCCCAGCCAGACUCAAACCCCGCCCGGGCAGGCGGGGCCGGGACAAGGCCAAGGCCCCCCCGGAGCGGGACAGGGACCGCCGGGACCGAUCGAAGCGCAGGUCAAUGGCCCUGAUGGCAUUCUCCAGAAUGGAGCUGUGGAUGACAAUGUGGCUAAAACCAGCCAGCUCCUGGCUGAGCUGAAUUUUGAGGAGGAUGAAGAGGACACCUAUUACACAAAGGAUCUUCCUGUGCAUGCUUGCAGUUACUGUGGUAUCCAUGACCCUGCCUGUGUGGUUUACUGCAACACCAGCAAGAAAUGGUUCUGCAAUGGGCGUGGAAAUACAUCUGGCAGCCACAUUGUUAAUCAUCUUGUGAGAGCAAAGUGCAAAGAAGUGACUCUGCACAAGGAUGGACCUCUGGGAGAGACUGUCCUGGAAUGCUACAACUGUGGAUGUCGUAAUGUCUUCCUCCUUGGCUUCAUUCCAGCCAAGGCAGACUCUGUGGUGGUUUUGCUGUGCAGGCAGCCAUGUGCCAGUCAGAGCAGUUUAAAGGAUAUUAACUGGGACAGUUCUCAGUGGCAGCCUCUGAUCCAGGACCGCUGCUUCCUUUCGUGGCUGGUGAAGAUUCCCUCUGAGCAGGAACAGCUGAGGGCAAGGCAGAUCACAGCUCAGCAGAUCAACAAACUGGAGGAGCUGUGGAAGGAAAAUCCAUCUGCAACCCUUGAGGACUUGGAAAAGCCUGGUGUGGAUGAGGAACCUCAGCAUGUCCUGCUUAGAUAUGAAGAUGCUUACCAGUACCAAAAUAUAUUUGGUCCACUUGUCAAGCUGGAGGCAGAUUAUGACAAGAAGCUGAAGGAGUCUCAGACCCAGGACAACAUCACAGUCAGGUGGGACCUGGGCUUGAACAAGAAGAGGAUUGCUUACUUCACCCUGCCAAAGACUGAUUCAGACAUGAGACUCAUGCAAGGAGAUGAGAUCUGCCUGAGGUACAAAGGAGACCUGGCCCCUCUCUGGAAAGGCAUUGGCCAUGUUAUCAAAGUCCCUGAUAGUUCUACAGAUUAUGGUGAUGAGAUAGCCAUAGAGCUGAGGAGCAGCGUGGGAGCCCCCGUGGAGGUCACUCAUAACUUCCAAGUGGACUUUGUGUGGAAGUCUACUUCCUUUGACAGAAUGCAGAGUGCUCUAAAAACCUUUGCAGUGGAUGAGACCUCAGUGUCUGGGUACAUCUAUCACAAGCUGCUGGGUCAUGAGGUAGAAGAUGUCAUCAUCAAAUGCCAGCUGCCCAAGCGCUUCACAGCACAGGGACUUCCUGAUCUCAACCACUCUCAGGUUUAUGCUGUGAAGACUGUCCUGCAGCGUCCCCUGAGCCUUAUCCAGGGUCCCCCUGGCACCGGCAAGACAGUGACAUCAGCCACCAUUGUCUACCACCUGGCCAGACAGGGCAAUGGGCCUGUCCUAGUCUGUGCCCCAAGUAACAUAGCUGUGGAUCAGCUGACAGAGAAGAUCCAUCAGACCGGCCUGAAGGUGGUUCGGCUGUGUGCCAAGAGCAGGGAGGCAAUUGACUCUCCUGUGUCCUUCCUGGCACUGCACAACCAGAUCAGGAACAUGGACAGCAUGCCAGAGCUUCAGAAGCUGCAGCAGCUGAAGGAUGAGACUGGAGAGCUGUCAUCUGCUGAUGAGAAACGUUACCGUGCCCUGAAGCGAACGGCAGAGCGAGAGCUGCUCAUGAAUGCAGAUGUGAUCUGCUGCACGUGUGUGGGAGCCGGGGACCCCAGGCUGGCCAAGAUGCAGUUCCGCUCCAUCCUGAUCGACGAAAGCACCCAGGCCACUGAGCCCGAGUGCAUGGUGCCAGUCGUGCUGGGGGCCAAGCAGCUGAUUCUGGUGGGUGACCACUGCCAGCUGGGCCCCGUGGUGAUGUGCAAGAAAGCUGCCAAGGCAGGGCUGUCGCAGUCGCUGUUCGAGCGGUUGGUGGUGCUGGGCAUCCGCCCCAUCCGCCUGCAGGUGCAGUACCGAAUGCACCCCGCGCUCAGCGCCUUCCCCUCCAACAUCUUCUACGAGGGCUCGCUGCAGAACGGCGUCACUGCAGCAGACCGUGUGAAGAAGGGCUUUGACUUCCAGUGGCCCCAGCCAGACAAGCCAAUGUUCUUCUAUGUCACCCAAGGGCAGGAGGAGAUUGCCAGCUCGGGCACCUCCUACUUAAACAGGACGGAAGCUGCCAACGUGGAGAAGAUCACCACCAAGCUGCUGAAGGCUGGUGCCAAGCCAGACCAGAUUGGCAUCAUCACCCCCUACGAGGGCCAGCGCUCCUACCUGGUGCAGUACAUGCAGUUCAGUGGCUCCCUGCACACCAAGCUCUACCAGGAAGUGGAGAUUGCAAGCGUGGAUGCCUUUCAGGGCCGAGAGAAGGACUUCAUCAUCCUGUCUUGUGUGAGGGCCAACGAGCACCAAGGGAUUGGCUUCCUGAAUGACCCCAGGAGGCUCAACGUGGCCCUGACCAGAGCCAGGUAUGGGGUCAUCAUUGUUGGGAACCCCAAGGCUCUGUCCAAGCAGCCCCUCUGGAACCACCUCCUGAACUACUACAAGGAGCAGAAGGUGCUGGUGGAGGGACCCCUCAACAACCUGAGGGAGAGCCUCAUGCAGUUCAGCAAGCCCCGCAAGCUGGUCAACACCAUCAACCCUGGUGCCCGGUUCAUGACCACUGCCAUGUACGACGCACGUGAGGCCAUCAUCCCAGGCUCUGUCUACGACCGCAGCAGCCAAGGCCGUCCCUCCAAUAUGUACUUCCAAACCCACGACCAGAUUGGGAUGAUCAGCGCUGGGCCCAGCCACGUCACUGCCAUGAACAUUCCCAUCCCCUUCAACCUUGUGAUGCCACCAAUGCCACCCCCUGGCUACUUUGGCCAGGCCAAUGGACCAGCUGCAGGCCGUGGGGCAUCCAAGGGCAAGACUGGGCGUGGUGGGCGCCAGAAGAAUCGUUUUGGGCUUCCUGGAGCCAGCCAAGCAAACCUUCCCAACAGCCAAGCAAGCCAAGAUGUGGUGUCCCAACCUUUCUCCCAGGGGCCACUGACUCAGGGCUAUAUCUCCAUGAGUCAACCAUCACAGAUGAGUCAGCCUGGGCUCUCCCAACCAGAAUUAUCCCAAGACAGUUACCUUGGUGAUGAGUUUAAAUCCCAGAUCGACGUGGCACUGUCACAGGACUCUACUUACCAGGGUGAACGUGCAUAUCAACAUGGUGGCGUGACAGGGCUGUCACAGUAUUAGAGUGUUGAGGAAGAAGAGCUAAGCUUAUGUGGAGCUUAGUUCAUCAGCAUUUUAUUCUGGGUAAUAAAAAAAAUAAAAUAAAAUGGAUACCUGUUUUCCACUGCUAAAACUGAAGCACCACUGUGUGAGAGCAACAGGAGAAAGAAACCAACCAACGGAGAGGAGAAGAGAGAAGGAGAGGGAGAGGAGCGCGAGAGCCAACUGCUAGCUCCCUGCGACCAGGAGCCUGCCCGGCGAGGAGAGAGCGCUGCAGGGCUCAGCUGAGCCCUGCUCCCCCGGCAGACACGCUCGAGAGAAGGGCCUUGAGCAGGUUUCACUUCAUUCCACACUUCUCUGUGCGAGCAGGGCAUUGCUUUUCAGAGCAGAUGGGGAGAGGAAAACCCUCAUCUCAGAGUUGUUCUCUUUGCGAGGGUACGAGUUUAGCAGAACUGUUCACGUUUUAGAAGCAGAGUAUCUGAAAGAGAGAGAGAGGAAAAAAAGAGAGAGGGGAGAGAGAGAGAGAAAGCUCCUGACCAAGUGACAGCCAGCCCAGCAGCAACCCAGCAGGACAUAGCUGAUGCUCAACUCUGAGAUGCAGGUUUUGUUGUCCAACACUGGCUCUGAAAUCCAAGUGUCAUCGUGUCGCCCACAUCCUGAAGGGGUCUUUCGUGGCGAGGUGGCUUUCAAGAGAUUCUGGCAAAGGAGCACUGCAUUGAUUCUGUUCUUUUACAAGUUUGUCUCUGAAUUCUUAGUGGUGGACCUGGGAGAUCCUUGU